ACAGAUAUCCUAAAAUGAUGUAAUUCGUUUCAACAGAACGAAUUGCCAAGUAGACUUUCAUUUCGAUGCAGUUGAAAUUUUAAAGACAUAUUGAAUGAAAUUAAGUAGGCACUGAACGCUAACAACUUCAACGUCAGAUUAUUUUUAAAGAUAUUAUUUCGUUUUACUGAAGAACUUUUCAAUUGGAAAUUCUGUGUUAAAAUGAAAAGAGAUUUACAACAAGUCUGGGUGAGCCCCACGAAGCAGUCCCCUGAUAAAGCUGAUAAAUUCCUUAACCAUGGAGACAAUAUCUCCCGCCAUCACAACAGAUUAGGCUCCAAGAAUUCUCCAAUAAAAUCGAGCGAGGUUAAAAGUUCUGAUGACCAUAUGACCUCAAAUUUUCACAAGGAGUAUGAGAAGCAAAAUUUAACUUGGCAGGAAACGAGUCGACGAUCGACGGCGUUGAGGAUUAAUUCAACGGAUGACAAUCUUAUUCACGUUAGAGGCCAAGACCAACCGAGUAAACUACAAGAAAGGAAUUGCUCGCGACCAGGGAACAAUUCAUUCAAAUGUGGCCUUUACGACGACGAUUACAACUGGAAUGGAAGAAGACCUGACAGUCAAAUCGAAGCUCGAACCACAGCGACAACUCCUCCAACGCCACCAACAGUCCUUGAUCAAUUCAACCACUCUGUUUCUCCUUACAAGUUUGACAUCCAGCAAGUGCCUCAGUAUCCAUCGCCUUGCACUCCUCAACGUCAAAACAGCGGAUCGUUCCAGCCAUCCCAACAGAUUGUUCCAAGUCUGGAUAAUGGCCUGGAAAUACAUGCCACUCCUCCGAGGCCUUCAACGCCAACACACUCAAAUCCCAAUGUUCCUCUCACGGUACCUCCAACUCCUCCAUACCACAACGAUAUUCCACAAAAUUCUAACAUUUCAUAUCCACCGCUUUACUCCGAGUACAACAAUUAUUCUUGUGCGAGUGCUCAACCUCCAGCAGGUAAUCAAAAUCAUUCACGGGAACCUGAGCCUCCAAGCCAGCAUUCAUACCACCCGAACAGCGAAGGCUAUGUUUACUCGUCAACCCAAACAGCCUACCCCAGUGGCUGCACGGUCGUGCGGGACAACUUCAGACAAAACUCCAUCCCCGAGGAAGAUACCGGCACCUAUGCCCAGAUUAUGGGUGGUGGUGGAAGUCUGGAGUCCGGCGUUGAAUGGACGUGGAGCUACCCCAUCAGAAAUGCUACUACUGAGCAGGCAAUCACUUCGCAGAAUUCAACGGGCGCCACCAGCAAAAGAAACAGCGGCCGCCUGAAGCGCAAGCGUCUGGAUAACGGCUACGCUGGAUCGUUCGGACUGAGCAGCGGCAGCGAGUCGCUGGGCGGCAGUACGGUGAGGCAGCGACAUGCUGCCAACAUGCGCGAGCGACGCCGUAUGGCUAACAUCAACGAUGCCUUCGAGGGGCUCAGAGAACAUAUCCCCACCAUGCCCUACGAGAAGCGUCUCAGCAAGGUUGACACGCUGCGCCUAGCCAUCAGCUACAUUCAACACCUGAGCGGGCUGGUGACGGAGUGCGACGGCGGUCUCAGCGCCGGCAGCGACUGUGAUGCCGGCGGCGCCCAUCACUCAGUUAAUAAAGUUUUCGUCAAGACCUCCAGUAUUUUAGGAGAGUGUGACGAAGAUUUCGGAGGCAGUGGAGUGACGCAACUGUCGUGGGCUUGUCAGGACCAGUCGGUGGUGUCGGGCCGAGUGGCAGCUCCGGUGUGGACCCCCAUGGACACGCCUUCAUAGUCGCGCUAUCCGAUUGCACUUAGUUCGAAAUUCUGCAUAAUUCUUUACUGCACAAUUGACCGGAUUUGCGUCUGAUGGAUCAAAUUAUGCACAAUUUUUUACUGCAUAAUUGACCGGAUUUGCGGCUGAUGGAUCAAAAUUAUGCACAAUUUUUUACUGCAUAAUUGACCGGAUUUGCGGCUAAUGGAUAACAGCCGAACGAUGUCGAUUGAAAUAAUCAAUUGAAUAUGAAAAAUGUAUCAAAAUUUCAUUAUUGUAGAUU